ACGCCAGCUCUCCUUCCCCCAGUCUCCACACCCUUCCCAGGGGUCUGGGGCCUUCCCACUGCUGAAUCACCGCCACCCCGCACUCCCCCGGGGCUCGGGGCAGAGGUGGGGACUGCCCCAGCCGGACCUAUUCUGGCCAACCCCCAACCUGGGCCAUCGCUCGAUCCCUGGGCUUGACUGAAGGUCACUGCAUCCAGAGGGGCCCAGAAGAGGAAGGAGGCAUAGCCUCCACCGCAGCAGCUGCACCCGCCAUGCAGAGCAUCAAGUGUGUGGUGGUAGGCGAUGGGGCUGUGGGCAAGACGUGCCUGCUCAUCUGCUACACAACCAACGCCUUUCCCAAGGAGUACAUCCCCACAGUGUUCGACAAUUAUAGCGCCCAGAGUGCAGUUGACGGGCGCACGGUGAACCUGAACCUGUGGGACACAGCGGGCCAGGAGGAGUAUGACCGCCUCCGCACACUCUCCUACCCUCAGACCAACGUGUUUGUCAUCUGUUUCUCCAUUGCCAGUCCGCCCUCUUAUGAGAAUGUGCGGCACAAGUGGCAUCCAGAGGUGUGCCACCACUGCCCCGACGUGCCCAUCCUCCUGGUGGGCACCAAGAAGGACCUGAGAGCCCAGCCUGACACCCUACGGCGCCUGAAGGAGCAGGGCCAGGCACCCAUCACACCGCAGCAGGGCCAGGCGCUGGCCAAGCAGAUCCACGCUGUGCGCUACCUCGAGUGCUCAGCCCUGCAGCAGGACGGCGUCAAGGAAGUGUUUGCUGAGGCUGUCCGGGCCGUGCUCAACCCCACGCCCGUCAAACGUGGGCGGUCCUGCAUCCUCUUGUGACCCUGGCACUCAGCUUGGAGGCUGCCCCUGCCCCGCCACCAGUUGUGCCUUUGUGCCUUGGCGCCUUGUCUGCCCCCAGCUGUGCCUUAAGGACUAAUUCUGGCACCCCUUGCCAAGGGGGCUCCCCGAAUGCCUUUUUCUCCUUAAGGAGGCCCACGGGGAAAGGGGCUUUGGGCCCUGCCCCACUCUGCUUGGGAACACCAGGUAUGCUCAAGAGCUCACCCAGGCCAAGGUUGGACCCCUCCCCAAGAAGCCAACCCAGUGCCUCCUCCCCACUUUCCCCUACUGACCAGUUGAUCCAGCUUUCCACACAGAUGUUGCUGCCUAUUGUGGUGCCUUCUCUCAGGUUAGGAGCUCUCAGCCAUCCCUAACCUCUCCCUCGCUGCUCUUCAAAUUGCCCCCCCACCCCAAGAUGCGCUCUCCCUUCCCCAGAGAAGGAGCCACAGACUCCUAAGAAGAUGAAUGUGCCCUAACCUACCCCCAUGUGCCCAGGCCUUACGCAUACGCUGACUGACUCAGCCCCACCCCCACCCCCUCUGGGCUCCUGGGGGCCCCUCCUACCCCCAUCAGCAUCAAUAAAACCAACUGU